UAUUUUCAUUAAAACAAACAAGGCUGAGUGAGACCUGAUUGAGGUCGACAGUAACGAAGGGCAUAGAUAGAUAGGUAGGAACAUUUCCCCUUAGUAAAAGGGUUAAUAACUGAGGGACACAGUUGUAAGGUAAGUUGCAGGAGGUAUGGAGGCAACAUGAUUGUGGCGGCCAUCUGCAACUCACUAUCUAAAGGGUGGCACAGGUACAAUCCCUCACAACAUUUAAAAGUAUUUAUAUGAUCACCUUGAAAAGCCAUCAUUUACAAGGUCAAAUGCUGGGAAAUGCAGACUUGGUGGGCCGAAGGGCCUGUUCCCGUCAUAGUGAUGUUCUUUUAACUGUGUUGCGAUUUCAUAUUGUCCGGUUGAAUGGGAAUUGCUCUCCUCCCAACUCUCGGAUUUGACGCAGACCGCGACAACUUCGGUAGUAAUACACGGAGAUUAGAUUUCAUCCUCCCCCCAGCCAAAUACUUUUUUAAACUAACAAUGAUAUUUCAGCUGCCUUUUAGAAGGCAGGUGAUUCGUCAGCGGUCGGUGACUCACGGACUGGGGGUGUGAAUCUCCUUUUCCCGAGGAAAAUAGUUGGACGGGGAGUGACCGACGCGGUGGAGAUGGACUUCGACCUUGUCAUCCCGCAGCUCGGAGGUUUCGGCCGUUAUCAGAAGCGGCUGGUGGCCGUCGUCUGUCUCCCGAACUUGCUGCUGGCUUUCAGCUUCUUCAGCGAUGUCUUCCUCAGCCGGACCCCCAGCCACCACUGCCGGCCUGACCCGCAGCUCUUGCCCCUUGCCCUCAGAAACCUGUCGGGCUCUCUUCUUCUCAACUACAGCCUGCCACUGCGAAGCGGCAGCGAGCCUUUUCCCGCCAGUUGGAGCCGCUGCCGGUUGUACCGAUAUCCGUUAACGGUCGGCACGAGCCGGCCACUGCCCAACGGCACGGUCUCGUGCACCCGAGGCUGGCAGUUCCAGCCACGCGACAGUCUCGACAACAAUAUCGUUAGUCAGAACCAGCAGUCGCUAAACCUGCUGAGUUUCUCUAGUACGUGGAACUUGGUUUGUAAGAACUAUUGGAAGGUUCCACUGGAGCAAGUGAGCCACAAGAUUAGUUGGACUGUUGGAUAUUUAGCCCUAGGAUCUGUGGCUGACCGACUGGGCCGCCGAAAUACAUUCAUUCUCUCGCUAAUUCUAUCAAUUAUUCAGCAUAUUGGAGUUUCUAUCUCUGUGGAUUUCCUCAUGUUUGUUCUGUUCCAUAUGUUCAGUGGGUUAGCAUCAGCUGGACUCUUUUUGUCUAUAUACAUUGCAAGGUUGGAGAUGUGUGACCCACCACACCGACUGAUGAUCACAGUGAUUGCUGGAUCCUUUACAGUGGCUGGGGAGAUGUUGCUGCCAGGAUUAGUUAAGUUAUGCAGAGAUUGGAGAAUUUUGCAGACUGUUGUCACUGGCCCCUUCGUAUUACUACUCAUUUAUUGGUGCAUUCCAGCUUUGUUCCCAGAGUCUCCACGCUGGCUUCUUGCGACCAGACAGAUUCAGAAGUGUAAGCACAUCAUGCGAGAUAUCGCAGCUAGUAAUGGUGUCAAUGUGGAUGAUGAAUUAUACAACCCAAACAAUGUAUUUAAUGAGAUUGAUUUUUUAUUUGGAGAGUUUACAGAGUCUCGUAUUUACAGUUUCUGUGAUAUGGCCACUACUAAAGUCAUUUGGAAGAACAUCUUGAUACUGGGGUUCACCACGUUCAUUGGCAGUGGAAUUCAGCAUUGCUUUUCCCAAACCCUCACUGGCUAUAGCUCCAAUUUCUACUUGAGCUAUUUCGUCGCUGUCACUGCUGAAGGCGUGGCCCUCCUUUUUCUAUACUUUACCGUGAACAGGUUUGGCCGUCGUGGCAUUCUGCUACUGUCAACAAUCAUCACAGGCAUGUCAUCGCUGUUGUUGCUUGCUCUCUCACAGUACCUGCAUCAAAUUCUUCAACUGGCUCUUUCCGUCCUGGGUCUGUUCUCAGCUUAUGUUGUUGUUACACUGAGUAAUUUUUUUGCCAGUGAGGUUAUUCCAACCGUAAUUAGAGGUGCAGGCUUAGGUCUUGUUAUGGCAACAAGCUGCAUUGGAAAAGCAACAUCUCCGAUAAUGGAUCUCCAUAAUAAACAUGGCUUCUUUCUCCUGCAUGUUGUGUUUGCCUCUUUUGCUGUCCUCUCAGUGCUGUGCAUCAUGUUGCUUCCAGAAAGCAAGCGGAAGCCACUCCCAGAGUCUUUAAAAGAUGGUGAAAAUCAGAGACGCCCUCCAAUGUGUUUAUCACGAAACAAGGAUAGAGCUCCUCUGCUUCGUUCAUAUCAACAUAGGUGUUAUAAUCCAGAAAACUAUUCCAAGCUUGUAACUGCAACCAAGAAAAUACUGGUCCAUAAUGUCCAUUUUGAAUCACAAGAUCUUGUAAAUGAAAGUGUGAUUGAUGAGAUCAGAGAUUCAAUGUCUUAGCCAAUCCUUCAUGAUGGAUAUAAAAUUGUUUGCAUAUCCUCUACUAUUGCAUAUUUUGCACUACUGAAUAUGCCCAUUUAAGUAUUAGAACUUUUUGUAUUUUCUAAGUACUAAUUUGAGUUGUAUUUCUCAGCUACAAACAUUGACUGAACUCUGAGGAAGGCAAAUUCUCCAUUACUUCAUUUUUCUAAGGACUUUAUUUCUAUCACUUCAGAUUUGAAAGAAAUUUGUUGAAUAUACUUUUAGCAUGUGUACAGCUUCAGUGAGAUAAAUUAGGCUUGUCUUGUAUGUAUGUUGUCUUACAAAUAAUAUGUACAGUGUUGAUUAUUACACAUAGCCCAAUGACUCAAAUUAUAAUUAAACCUUUUUGAAUUAACUCAGCAUGAAAUAUUUCUGUAGUAUCCAUUCUCUUCAUUACCAUAUAAAUAACUUCGUCUGGGCUGAAACUAUGUUUUGAAUUUAUUCUGAUUCACGGAGGUUAAAUUCCUUGCUCUCAUUUUUCUAUAUUAGAAUUUAUUGAUCAAACCCUUGUAUGGAUGGUGUUACUCAAUCUGGGUAAUUGAUGUUUGCUAACAAAGACCAAUAGAGCAGUAAACUUUGAGGAUUAACAUUCAUUGUUAAUUAUGACAUAUGUUUGCUGUUAUCCAAUCUAAAGUUUACAUUUUGUAAGACAAUCUAGCAGAAAGCUUGAGGCAAAGUCAGAGGAUUUGAUUUUUUUUUCUCUCUUUAUAAGGUGGGAUUUGGUGACUAUUGAACCACAGACAACAAGUAUACUUCGAAGUUUAGUUCUAAAUCAGUUGCCAAAUCCCUAAUGCUUUUUCUUUUUUUUUAAUACAAGAAACUUUGACUUUUUUAAACCAAGCAUUUAAGAAAUAAUUCCUUGGACUUUAACCCUAUUAUUCUCAAAAUUGUGACAUGGUGAUCAUUUGUGUACGAUUCUAUCCACACUUUCAUUCAAAUUUGGAAGUUAAUAAGGAGAGAAGUGAUUUGAUUAUUUAAAUUUGAACAGAGGUAGUAGCUAAAUUAAGUUCUCUUAAAUCUGUUCAUGGAAUGUGAGCAUUGCUGCCAAGGCAAGCCUUUAUAGUCCUUGUGAAGGUGGUGAUAUUUAUAAGUCACCAUCUGACAGAGCUGGUAUCCUGACAGGGGUAGUAUGGUAGCUCAGUGGUUAGCUCUGCUGCCUCAAACCACCAGUGACCUGGGUUCAAUUCCAGUCUCUGGCACCUGUCUCUUUGUGGAGUUUGCACUUUUUCCCCGUGGCUCUGUGGGUUUCUGCUCCGGUUUCCUCCCAUAGUCUGAAGAUGUGCAAAUUUGGUGGAUUGGCCAUACUAAAUUACACAUAGUGUUCAGGGAUGCAUAGAUUAGGUGCGUUAGCCAUAGGAACUACAGGGUUAGGGGAAAAGGUAGGGGGAUGGGUCUGAGUAGGAUACACGUUGGAGGUUUGGUGUGGAUUUGUUGGGCUAAAUGGCCUGUUUUUACACUCUGGGGCUUCUAAAUAUUCUAGUUUCAAACCUGGGGCUGAUUUUUCCAACCGAAACAAUGUGAAUCACAUGAUGUUUGCUGUGGCAAAGGCAAUAUUGGCCUACAAAAUUAGUUCCAGUCCAGAUUUGGGGUAGGUAAAUGCUGAGGCAGGCUAGUUAAUAGGCCAGCCGUAGUUCCGUAGAAUUUGUUCCAAGUUAUUUAAAGUUGUUGGGUUGUUUGCCUAUUUACCUUGUAUGUGAAAUCAAUGACCAGUUUAAUAACACAUUUUCUAAUCACUCUGUUCAGAGAUGUUAUUACACUCCUCUGGAACAGCUGGGACUUGAACCUGGGACCUCCUGCUCAAAGAUAGUGACACUACCAAUGUGCCACAUGAGUCAGCUGUCUAAUAACACUAAUGAACCCUAAAAUGAUGAUAUGAAGAAAAAUUACCCAUUUUGAAAAUAUGCUAUUUUUUCUGCCAACCCUAUAAAAAUGUUAAUUAGAUGUGCCUAAACAAGCUUUCCACUACUUCACAAGUUGUCUUGUUCAAAUAAAGAUAUGAUUGCUAAAACAGAACAAAGAACAAAUUAUUAGAUCCUGAUAAAAGAUGACCUUUUAAUGGCCAACUUGGCAAGCUCGUGAGCUCUGCUGACUUGCCUCUAUGCGCUGGAUGGCCAAAGAUCAGGAGCAUGGGGCUGUGCAACUAAAAACACAACAAAAGAUAUUUCAAAUGAUUAAAAAGGUUUUGCAAUUGCCCAGAACUAAUAUAUGUGGUCCACAAACUCCACAACGUCACGAAGUGAACAGCUGGGUUGGGAGUCCAUGAACCACCACAAUGUGUGACGACAUGGCACUGCUGCAUGAAAUACCCCACCCCACCAUGAUCCUGUUGGAAAUUGGGAAAGUGGGUGGUAAGAAAGCAUGCCACGCUAUGUCCAGGCAGUGGAUCAAGGAGUAGAAGUGCCUUCAUAAAUUAUCAAUAAUGUGUACUGAGUGCUCCAAAUUUCUACAAACCAUUCAAGAUAACAAUUACUGGUAUAUUAUUGCAAGAGGGUGAUUAAGCUAUCACAGUCAAUUAUUUUGGAAACAAUUAUAUAAUUGUCAGAGAAAGUACUCCACAAAUGGAAUAGAAGUAUUAAACCUUGUUUCAACGCUUCAAUGUUUUGAAAUAAACAUUUUCAGAAAAUACAAUAUAUGUAAAUUAUUUUGACUGGUCUUUUUUGGAAAAAAAUUACAUCAAGCAUCUCUGUUUGCUUCACUAGAGUCUAUUGCUGUAAUCAUUUACUUUAAAAAUUGUUCCCUUUCAGGAAGGAAUAAUAUAAUUGUGAACAUUUUUUCUAGAGUUUGAUUUAAGUAUCAUAUUGCUGCAUAAAGAACAUGUAAAAAUUUAAAUGCUGUCAUCCUUUGAUCAAGUUACUGAGAAUGUCAGAAGUUGGACAUUUUGAAUUUUAAUUAA